AUGGCGCGCGAUGUACCCUACGUCCGUCGGGUCGUCAUAGUCUGUCUGCACUGCAGCUCUGCUGCGCAGGCGUCGGACCCGAGGACCAGUUUGUGUUAUAUACGCGCCAAGUCCUCAACAACGCUCAGCGCUUAUCCUUCCACCACAACUAUGCGCUACAUCGCAGCCUACCUACUUCUUCAGCUGGGUGGCAUCGCGACGCCUUCGGUUGGCGAUAUCGAACGUGUUCUUGGCGUAGUCGGCAUUGGGGUAGAUCGUGGCCAAAUCCAAUGGUUGCUCUCUGCUUUGGACGGCAAAGACGUCGCUCAGCUCAUUGACGCGGGCAGCUCGAAGUUGGCUUUCACGCAGUUGAGCAUACCGGAUGCGCCGGGGCAGCCUCCGCCGGCCAAUCUCAACGAAAGCAACGAUGUCGAGGUACAUUCUGACUCAGAGGACUCGGAAGAGGGCGGCUGCUGGAUGUUUGACUGA